AAACCUUAGAACAGAUGUUAUUUGGAUAUCCAGAAAAUAACUCGCAACAGAAUGUGGUCUUUUACUAAACUCAACAUAUUUUUUACCCUCUUGGCCGUAGCCAUUACUUGCAGCUGCGCGCUACGUAUGCACGGUGAACCUUACGAAGGAUUACGUUACCGUAACACACGACCUACCGAAGCCAGUAGUGCUGCUGGCGCGACUGGACGCAUUGUCGGCGGACAGGAAGCUAUCGCCGCAUCAGCGCCCUGGCAGGUUAGCUUACAAAACAUUUACGGCAAUCACUUUUGCGGUGGCGCGAUCAUACACGAUCGAUUUGUGGUGACAGCGGCAAGUUGUGUCAGUGGACUACAAAAGAGUUGGAUCAUGGUGGUGACCAGCACCAAUGAUUGGAUGGGCGAAGCAUGGUGGUACGCAGUAUCGGCAAUUCAUGUGCACUGCAAUUUCGACAAACCGUUAUAUCAUAAUGAUAUCGCGCUCUUAGAGCUAGCCACACUCAUCGCUUAUGAUGACAAGACGCAGAACAUCACGAUCGCUGAUGAGGACGAGUUGGUGGAGGGCGAGACACUUACGAUGACCGGUUGGGGUAGCUCUGUGGAAGGAGGAGCUUAUCCUAAUGCAUUGCAGCAGUUGAGCGUGAAUUAUUUGCCCUACGAGAAGUGUCGUAGUGCAUAUGGCGGUUCGGAAGAUGUGGAUAUGGGACAUUUGUGUACCACUUCGCCCGUCGGCCAGGGCGCAUGCCAUGGCGAUACCGGCGGUCCAUUGGUCAAUGCGGAGGGAAAACUGGUCGGUGUCGGCAAUUGGGGUAUACCAUGUGGUCGCGGUUUUCCCGAUGUAUUCGCUAAAAUGUCAUAUCAUGCUGACUGGAUUCGUUCAACCAUAAAUGGCUGUCAGCAAACUUAACAAAAUUGUGAUUCAUAAUUUGUAAAAGUGAUACUCUAAAGUCUACAAGUGUUUGUGGAUUAACUGUGAAUAAAACAUGAACUAAC